AUGUGGAUAUUAUCCUAUCACAGACAGCAUUCUUCCUGUCAUUCAUGUCCUCGAAAUGCCUAUUGUGUUAAUGGAACUCACUGUACCUGUCAACAUGGAUAUGAGUCUCAGCAAAAGUUUUUCACGUUCCCCUUGACAAUAUGUGAAGAUAGUAAUGAAUGUGCACCACCCAUUAGUUUGUAUUGUGGAGUAAAUGCUGUAUGUAAGAAUAUUCCAGGAAGUUACUACUGUCAAUGUAAUUCUGGAUACAGACUUCUUUCUGGAGGUAUACAAUUCAACAGUUCCAAUGAGAACACUUGUCAGGCAAUCACCUCCUCAAUUACACCACCAACCGAAGACAAGGAAAAGCUGCAACAGGUUGUUAGCAAGUUGGAAUCACUUGUCAACAAUAAGACUCACUGGGAAAAUGCAGAAAAGGGAGAAGUCGCAACCAUGGCCACACUUAUUCUCCAAAAAGUGGAAUCGCAUGUUCUGGAAAUUGCUUUGAAAGCCCCAGAUCAAAAAGUCCAAAAAGUCCACAAUAGAAGUAUAGCUGUUGAAACUCGAGUUGUUACAAACAACUGCUCUGAGGGAGGAAAGAUCUUCAACUUGCAGGCCGAAAAAAAUUCCGUGGACAUCGACUGCAAUGACAUCGUCCAGGGAAAUAUACAAGGUCCCAGUGCAGUGGCCUUUAUUUCAUAUGAUUCUCUUGGGGAGAUCAUAAAUGCGACAUUUUUCAGAGAGAGGAAUGAGAGUGAUCCAGUCUACCUGAACUCCCGGGUAGUGAGUGUUGCUGUUGGACCCAAACGGAACAUUUCUCUCUCCAAGCCUGUCACUCUGAUUUUUCAGCACACAGAGAAGAAUCGCAAUAGCAAGACAACUUUCUGUGUCUACUGGAAAAGCUCUGAGGAGGGCAACCACUGGUCCACAGAUGGCUGUGAUCUGAUACACGUGAACAAGAGCCACACUAUAUGCAACUCCACCCACCUGUCCAGCUUUGCUGUUCUUGUGGCCUUCACGAACCAGGAGGACGAUCCCUUGCUGACUGUGAUCACCUAUGUAGGGCUGGGCCUCUCUCUGCUGUGCCUCUUCCUGGCAGCCCUCACCUUCCUCCUGUGUAAAGCCAUCCAGAACAUCAGCACUUCACUCCACCUGCAUCUCUCACUCUGCCUCUUCCUGGCCCACCUCCUCUUCCUCAUCGGGAUCAACCAAACUGAGCCCAAGGUGCUGUGUGCCAUCAUCGCUGGUGCCUUACACUACCUCUACCUGGCCGCCUUCACCUGGAUGCUGUUGGAGGGCCUGCACCUCUUCCUCACUGCAAGAAACCUGACCGUGGUCAACUACUCCAGUGUGAGCAAACACAUGAAGAAGGUCAUGUUCCCUGUGGGCUAUGGAGUCCCAGCUGUGAUUGUGGCAAUUUCUGCAGCAUCCAAGCCUCACCUUUAUGGAACAUCUGCCUGGUGCUGGCUACAACUGGCUGAGGGAUUCAUCUGGGGUUUCCUUGGGCCCGUCUGUGCCAUUAUCUGUGUAAAUUUAGUUUUUCUUCUCUUGGUCUUUUGGAUUUUGAAAAGGAAGCUUUCUUCCCUCAAUAAUGAAGUGUCAACCAUCCAGAAUACAAAGAUGCUGACAUUCAAAGCAAUAGCUCAGCUCUUCAUCCUGGGCUGCACAUGGUGUCUAGGCAUGUUGCAAGUGGGCUCAGCUGCUCGGGUCAUGACCUACCUCUUCACCAUUGUCAACAGCCUGCAGGGCAUCUUCAUCUUCCUGGUGUACUGCCUCUUUAGCCAACAGGUCUGGAAGCAAUAUCAAAAGUGGUUCAGAGAGAUUGUGAAAUCAAAAUCUGAGACUGAGACUCACACACUUUCCACCACACAAACCCGACAUAAAACCAGCGAGAUGGCUUGA